AUGCACUUUUCAACAAUCAUUUCUGCUUCCGCCUUUGCAGGUCUGGCGACUGCUUCUCCGUCCUUCUUUCGAAGAAAUCCUCCUGCUGAGGAGGCUGCACCUGUGGCAUGCGAGCCAGUCACUGUUCAUGAGACGGUGCACGUGACGAUACCUGGGGAGGUUGUUCAUGAGACGGUCCACGAGACUGUUCAUGUGACCGAGGUAGUGCACCAAAUCGAGACGGUACAUGCGACCGUGACGGAGGUUCAGCACGUGCCUGUUGAGAAACCAGUCACAGUUGUCGAGACUUCGAUCGUCCACCAAGAAGUCGAGAAGCCUGUUACAGUCAUUGAGACGGUCCACCAAACGAUCGAGCAACCUGUUACUGUGGUUGAGACUUCUGUUGUUCACCAAACAGUUGAGCUGCCUGUUACAGUCAUUCACACCCAGCCCGUCGAAGUCGAGGUCGAAAAGCCGGUUACAGUUAUCGAAACUGUCCACCAAACGAUUGAACAACCAGUCACAGUUGUCGAGACAUCUGUCGUACACCAGACCAUCGAGCAGCCCGUCACAGUCAUCCAUACCCAACCAGUCGAGGUCGAGAAGCCUGUCACGGUGGUCGAAACUUCGGUUGUUCAUCAGACCAUUGAGCAGCCAGUCACUGUCGUUCACACUGUACCAGUCGAGGUUGAGAGACCUGUGACAGUAGUUGAAACUUCUGUUGUGCACCAGACAGUUGAACAACCUGUCACCGUCAUCCAUACUCAGCCCGUGGAGGUCGAGAAGCUCGUCACAGUGAUUCACACCCAGCCUGUGGAGGUUCCAGUUCAAGUACCAGUUACGGUGAUCCACACUCAACCUGUCGAAGUACCCGUUGAGAAGCCUGUGACUGUCAUCCACACAUCCGUGGUUGAGAACACAGUUGUCCAUACUUCAGUGGUUGAAGUCGAGAAGCCUGUUAACGUCGAGGUACCCGUCACAGUAGUACACACUCAAGUUGUUGAGAAGCCAGUCCAGCAGAUCCACACUGUUGAAGUUGAGAAACCCGUUGAGGUUGUCCACACCGUCGAGGUCGAGAAGCCAGUGCAUGUCACUGUCAUCCAGACAGUCACAGAACACGUAGCUGCUCAACCUACUGCUCAUCCCGUCGAAGCUCCUCAAGAGCAUCCGGUCGUGGUGAUUGAACAGCCCAAGCAUGAAGCACCACCGCACGAGACAGCUGUUGUGGAGGUUCCUGAAUACGCACCAGCAGAAGAGGUUGCAGCGCCCCACGAGACCGUUGUAGCGGAGCAUCCCGCCGCGCCGCCAGCUCACGAAACACCAGUUGUCAUUGAACAUCCCGCUGCCUCAGCACCACCAGCUCAUGAGACUCCUGUCGUCGUAGAGCACCCAGCAGCACCAGUCGCGACAAUGGGCCACGAAGCGCCUGCUACCGAACACCCAGCCGCGCCAAUAGCGACUAUGGCGCACGAGGCUCCUGCAGCUGAGCAUCCCGCUGCACCUCAGCCCGCGGAGCCUCAUGAAGGUGCAGGCGAGAUGCCAAUCGCUGAAGCCGAAGCCCUACAGCACCCUGACAUCCCCGUUCUUCUACCCUCUGGUGGAGUGUCGGGUAAGAACGCAACAGUGGCGCCUACAUAUCCAGGACGUCGCGCUAUUGUUCGUAGAUGGUAG